AUUAUCUCUACCGUUUGUGUUUUGGCACGCUUUGUACAUCGGCGAUUCCAAUUUUGUCUGUAAAGUCAAAAUAAGCAGAUGGACAGAGAGCACACCGGUGCAGUAAAUCUCGCAGUUUUACCUCCAGCGCGUUUAUGGCCAUGUGUUCUUAUCAAACCGAAUAUCUCUCAACAGCCGGACGUUGUCUCUUCGGAAAGAGGGCAGCGGAAAAACUGCCUCUGCCUCCUGCAGAAUCUGGAUGUCGGUGGCCAUUGACCAAGAAAUACCCGGGCUGUGGGCCUAGACAGCACGACAUGACGUGUCAUUAUUCAGCACAUAUAGUUGAGUGUUUAUAACACAAACAACCGAUUUUAUCGCACCAUUCGGUGGCUAAGCGAUAUUUCAUGUAUCGAUGAUAUAAAAGCCCCAUUUUUUUUGUACCAUAACCGUUGCUUGUGGAAAAACUAGCAAGGCGUUCAAUCUUUCCCAAGCAAUUCAGACAUACGGGGAAUAAAAGCUACAACAACAGUGCCGCUGCUGCACGUUUACCAUGGAUGCAUCUUCGUCUGAGAUCAGGAAGGCAUAUAGAAAGCUGUCUCUUACAUUACAUCCAGAUAAAAACAAAGAUGCAAAUGCAGAAACCCAGUUCCGACAGUUAGUUGCCAUCUAUGAGGUUCUUAAGGAUGAGGAAAGAAGACAAAGAUAUGAUGACAUCCUGGUUAAUGGGCUGCCAGAUUGGAGACAGCCUGUCUUCUACUAUCGACGUGUUAGGAAGAUGAGUAAUGGAGAACUGGGCUUCCUCCUCUUCCUCAUUCUGACAGUGGGCCACUAUGCAGUUAUAUGGUCCAUCUACCUUGAGAAGCAACUGGAUGAACUUCUGAGUAAGAAGAAGAAAGAGAAGAAGAAAAAACAAAGCAGUAAGAUAACAGAGGAGAUUAAGUCCUUGGCACAGGAAAAAAAUGAAAGAUCUGACAAGCCACACUGGCAUGACAUUUUGCCUCUCAAAUUAAGCAUCUGGUUAUACUAUUCAGUGAAGUCUCUCCCUCAUAUUAUACAGGAUGUAAAGCAGUACUACAAAGAUUAUAAAGAAAUGAAAGUAAAAGAAAAGGAGGAGGCAGAAGCUCUGGCAGAGCAGGAAAUGCAGCAGAAAGAAAAACGGCCCAAGGUGAAGAAACCUAAAGUAGAGUUUCCAACCUAUGAACCAAACACCGAUCCUGCUUUUGUGCCUGCAUAUGAUCCGGGAACAUCUAUUGAAGAUAUUGAAGAUCAAAUGGAAGACUGGUUAGAAGACAAAAAACACCAGAAGAAGAAAGCUCAUGAGUGGACAGAGGAGGAUCUUAGCCAGCUCUCUCGCUGCAUGGCCAAGUUUCCUGGUGGAACACCGGGACGUUGGGAGAAAAUUGCUCAUGAAUUAGGCAGAUCAGUGACUGAGGUCACAGCAAAAGUGAAGCAAGUCAAAGACUGUGUCACCAAUACAUCAGGGUUGGUGAAGCUUUCGGAGCUGAAGGGCGGUGCUGUGAUAGGAAAGAGUUCUAGAGCAGUCACAGUGCCAGACAAUCUGAUGACCCAGCGAGAGGAGCCCUUAGAGCAGCAGCUGGAUGAUUUGGGAGAGAAUGUUGGGGGAGAGGACUCUGAAAGCAAAACCCUGAGAAGGCGACCAAGAAAGUCUGCAGCCGGGAGUGCUGGAGCAGUGGAGGAGAGAGUGAAAGGGCGAAGACAGAGGGACUUUGACCCCACAGCUGUGGAUGAAGACAGUGAAGAUGAGAAAAAAACAUCAGGCCCCAAAGAAAAACCCAGUGCUGCUGCAGAUGAUGUAUGGACACAGAACCAUCAGAGGCUCUUAGAGCUGGCCUUACAGCAAUACCCACGUGGCACCACUGAACGCUGGGACAGGAUUGCUAAGGUGGUGCCCGGAAAGACCAAGGAGGAGUGCAUGUCCCGUUACAAACUGUUGGCAGAGCUAAUUCAGAAAAAGAAACAAGCCAAGAGUUGACUCCUGGUCUUCAAUAAUUCACCAUACCUCUCAUCUGCUUGAAAUGUGCCUUAAUACAACACAAAGUCCUGUUGUGAGACUCAAUGUGCCAUAUUCAGCAAAGCCUCAAACUUCAGCUCUACUCAUUGGAGAGAUUCAUGCUUGAGAAUAUUAUAAACUGCCCAUUUAAAGAAAAACGUUUUUAUUUAUUUUAGAAUCUUUUUCAGGUUGUACACUCACUAUUUUGUUUCUCUAUGCAACCAGACAGUUUGAGCAAAGAGUCAUUUUUUUAAUGUUUGUUUUUUCUUUCCUAUUUUGACUUCUUGGAACAUUGUUUUUCAGAGGAACAGUGUGCUGUCCUGGAAUCUUUUUGGUCAUGAUACAAGAUAAAGUAUUUUGCAUACAA